CUAAUAUUUACCUCUCUGUUCCACAGAAAAGAAAAUAAAAAUAAUACUAUACUAGAAGCAUCUUUGUUUUACCAGCUUCUUUACUAAUCUCCACUAUAUAUAGAUUUUACGUGCGGUUCACGAUAGCGGGCAUAGGAUAAGGGAGAUGACUGCCAUAUCUAGCCAUCGGGCCGCCUUUCUGUUUUAAGUUUCUUUUGCAUUCUCUCACCGUACAAGCAUUUUUCACACUUAAUUCGUUUUUCUUCAUUAUAUAUAUAAUUACUAUAUCAUCAUCAUCUCUCUGCCUCUCUUCUCUCUUUCUGUCUCUGUUUCUUCUGCUUCUUCUCUGUCUUUUUAACAUGGAAAAUUUUCAGGGAUUUUCCCCUAAUUCAUCGACAUUAUCAGCAUCUUCCUUGUCAUUAAACAUGACGAAUUCGCUUGGUUAUGCUGAAUUUCAAGGUAACAAGGCUAAUGGGCUAUUGGGAUUAAUGGCGGAAAUGGAAGGUCCGGCCAGCUUGAAUGUGCACAACAUUUCUCAGAACAAAACCUUUCCUGAGAUCAACAGCUUGGCUGGGACUGAAACUGAAACUGAUGUGAAAUUCGGUAAGAAAAAGGCAGAUAAAAAGAUAAGAAAGCCGAGAUAUGCUUUUCAAACAAGAAGCCAAGUUGAUAUUCUUGAUGAUGGCUAUAGAUGGAGAAAAUACGGGCAGAAAGCUGUGAAGAAUAACAAAUUUCCAAGGAUAGAAGUUCGUCAGCUACAUAUCCAAUGUUUCAGAGUAAAAAAUAAGGAUGCCAUAUGAAGACUGACUCUGAUUGCUGAAAAAUGAAGAACAAAUUCAUUUUAUGGCACUGGAAUAUCCAAAUUCAUGACCAAAAGAAUUAAUUACAACUGUAUGCAAAUUCUUAAUCGCUUUGCAAAUGUUUCUACUUUUAUGGGAAGGUACAGGAGAUUAUUCGUCCCUUCCAUCCUGGAAUAAACUGAUCCUUUCUUAGAAACCAUCAAUUGAUCAGCUGAUUACUUGGUAUCAUCUAAAGCGUCUUUCAGCAAGUGAUGACUCUUUCAGAACAUCUUGCUUUCCUGCCAAGGCAAUAUUGAUCAAACAAAUAUUAAACGCUUUAGUGUCAUUGAUAUGUGAUCAUGUCCCAACAGUUUGUCUCUGCCUACCUUUUCAUUUUUUAGUUCGAACUCAGGAUUAAGUACUUGCUAACACACGUACUGCCUGGACAGUUUAGCGAAAGGAUGAAGUUGUAAAAAAGAGAGAAAGGAGAAAAAUUAAGGAAGAAAGAGGGAAAGGUUGCCAGCCUAAAACCAGAAGGCUUGCACCCUAACUUAGGGCGUUAGGUUGGGCCGGGGUGACCCUGUUUGUCAUAGUUUUGUAACUUGCUACUGCCUUCGGCCUAGACAGGCCGCUUUAACUUUAACCUUACAUACAGAAGAGUUUCAUUAAUUAAAGGAGAAUAAUAAAUAGCCAGACAACAACAAAAGCAAGAAGGGCCGAAAGCUUUCAAGCUUAUUGAAGCUGUCAUGUGGCCAUAUAUAAUCCAUACACAAGUAGGUGAUGGGGGCCAUAUGCACAUUGGCUGCCCAUAUUCCAUGCAUCUUGCAAAAUUCCACUUCUAAAGCUUCACAAGCAUUAAAAUUUACAGAAAUUAGGCACCACUACCCUAGGAAUUGAAAUUAUAUCAUCGAACUAGUUGGAAGUGAGAUAUACUUGAGCAGAGAUUCACACUUCUCAGUGUUGGCCUUGUUUAACUUGUUAUACCAAAAAAUAUAUAGAAACCGGCUAGGCAUGCACUCGGUCAUAGACUUGUGCCUGGGUUGUUAAGAUUUGCAUUUGCUUUAGCAAAGUUUUCCCCUGUUAAUGCAUAUUGUAACCUUCUUGACCCUUGUAAUUUAAUAAUAAAAUCUUUGUAACUCUUACUAUUUGCUUUUAACUACAAUUAUUAAUUAAUGCACUAAUAAUGGAAUUUAAAACUUUCAUAUAUAAGUAAUUCAUAUAUUUAUGCUGAAUCUUUUAGCUGUAAAUAGGGAAAUUAAUAUCGAAUUAUUGAAUUAAGUUUAUGGUUGGCAUAUUUUUACUUUGGUCUAUGGCAAAUCAAGAAGUUAUUUUUGCUUAUUACAAUACUAAACAAAACCUCACUAUAUCUAGUUAGCACUCUAAAUUUACAUGCUGUCCCAAUGUCAAACAUAUAUAGUACGUGUAUGAUCUGACUUGGACAAACAUGGUCAGUAGAUGUCAUGAUCUUUAGGAAUUUUAUAAAUGGCCAUGACCGAAGUGACAGUGAAAAAUUUUCCAAUUUCUACUUGCUUCAUCUGAAGUAGCCAACUCAUGGAAUGACUUCAUUCAUUAAUUAUUUAUGACCCUUCAAAAUUAUCAUUUUGCUGUUAAAGUCAACUUCAAUGAAAUAUUUAGGUUGCCUCUAUUGACUAUAGCUAAAUAAAUACCAAGGACGAGUAUAUUCAUAUGAAUACACGUGCAUGCAUGACAGACACACCACUAAUUAAAUUAUUUUAACCAUGCAUGCCUUUGAAGUUGUCCAAUUAUUUCUAUGCAUGUAAUUGAAGUUGGAAAUCAAUUAUUUGGAGCCAAAAAUCUCCCAAAACGUCAACUUUUUAGCUCAAAUUAUAUAUAAAAUUAACAUAGUUACCUUUAUAAGGCUAUGAAAUUUGAUUCUUAGAUUAAGUUAUGAUAAUAUGCGUUUACUUUUAGACUUUUUUUCCUUUCUAGAGUUUGUACGGCUUCGUAUAUCUGAAUAGAUUAACAUUUAAAACGUAAUUGAUUUAAGUAGAAUUAUUAUUAAUUUGUUAGCAUAUUAUUUUUAA